GCAUACGAUCUAACUCCAGCAUGAGGGAUGGCUGACGAUUGUACCAGAACUGGGUCCAAGAGAAGUAAAAAGUCAGGAAUCGACAACGAAAGCAUGGAAACAGAAACGGAACGCCCACAGGAAGAAUUGAUUUCGAUGGGUGAAGAAAAAAAACUGGAAGGAAAUAUUGAAUACUCAAAGGGAAACUACCAAGCUGCACUCCAACUCUACACAGAAGCCAUCGGUUUUAAUGAUACUAUCGCAUCCUUCUAUGGGAAUCGUGCGGCAGUGUACCUCAUGCUACAUAAAUACCAAAAUGCCAUAGAAGAUGCGAAAACAUCCACCACACUUGAUCCAAAAUUCAUAAAGGGCUAUAUACGAGAAGCGAAAGCCCACUUGCCAUUGGGAGAUGCAUUUCAUGCAAAAUUAUGUCUUGAAAAAGCACUGUUGGUUGAUAAAAAUAAUUCACAAGUAAAAGCAGAGCUUCAGACAGCUAAAGCAGUGCAGCUGUUUGCAGAUGAAGCAGAGAAAGACUACCACAAGGGAGACUUUCGAAGGGUGUUGUUCUGCAUGGACCGAGCUUUGGAUCAUGCACCAGCCUGUACAGCCUUCAAGCUGGCAAGAGCUGAGGCACUUGCCAUGCUAGAAAGAUAUCAAGAGGCGCAAGAGGUUGCCAACUCGGUGCUCUUGUUUGACCAAAUGAAUGUGGAUGCCAUCUUUGUGAGGGGUCUGUGCCUAUACUACGACGAUAACAUAGACAAAGCCUUCAGCCAUUUCCAACACAUACUGCGGCUUGCGCCUGAUCACAAGAAAGCCAUAGAUGUUUUCAAGAAAGCAAAGCUCUUGAUACAGAAGAAACACCAGGGUAACAACUAUUUUAAGACAGGAGACUUCAAAAGGGCACAUGAUCUCUACAGCGAAGCUUUAAAUAUCGAUCCUAACAACAAGUCAACCAACUCCAAACUCCAUUGCAACCGUGCGGCUGUAUUAGCAAAGCUACGGCGGAUAGACGAAGCGAUCACAGAAUGUACCAAGGCUAUAGAACUUGAUGACAAAUACGAGAAGGCAUAUCUGAGAAGAGGCAAAUGUUACUUAGACACGGAGCAUUAUGAGGAGGCGGCGCGGGACUACGAGAAACUUUCGAAGAUCGACCAAAGAAAUCGAGAAUACAAGAAACUUUAUAAGGAAGCACAACUUGAACUGAAGAAGAGUAAGAGAAAAGACUAUUAUAAAAUCCUUGGAGUUGACAAGAAUGCCUCAGAUGACGAUAUCAAGAAAGCAUACAAGAAGUCUGCCUUAGUACAUCAUCCAGAUCGCCAUAGCAAUGCGUCACCAGAGGAGAAAGGUGAGCAGGAGAAAAAAUUCAAAGAGGUUGGCGAGGCGUAUGCGGUGUUAUCAGACAAGCAGAAAAAAGCACGCUACGACAGCGGGCAGGAUCUAGAUGAAAUGGGUGGAGAUAUUGACCCAGACACAAUUUUCCAGGCGUUCUUCGGUGGGGCUGGUGGCUUUCCAUUCCAGCAUAUGGGUGGCGGAGGAGGAGGAGGAGGUGGUGGGGGCUUUCCAGGAGGGUUCCACUUUCAGUUUGGUUGAUAAUAGUAAAUAUAAGUGCUGUUAGCUUCAGUGUAUAGUGGAUAAAGGACAAGAACAGUGCAAGCAGACAUUCUUCUGGGGGGUGGGGGGUAUGGGUGCUGCACUACAUUGCAGCUAGUAGACUGAGGUGUGGAGCAUGUGAUAUAGCGAUCUUUGCUGUUGCAUCUAACUUCCACACCAACCCAAAUACGUGAACAUGACCUUGUAUUAACAUGCCCGAUCGAACCUCAGAACACGUGUGUAGGUAUCUCACAGUUGACUUGAUUUGAGGAUUUUUCAUUGACAUAGCAAUCGCUUUAGAGGUGCCAUGUGUCCCAGUGUGUGACAUGUACCUUGUGGUGGAACUGCUGUUGUUUUACUAACUGCAAUCCAAGAUUUUGUAUCCUUGCUAUGAAUUUGUGCCAUCCUUGAUGUGACGAACACGCAUGUCAGGUCGUACUGAACGUAUUGAAACUGGAAAUGAAAACAAAACUUGCGCCACUUGUAUCGUAGUUCUUUCGUGCAGAGCAAUGUGAUCAGAAAUGCAGAGUAGUUCAUCAAAUUCACUUGGUUCCACUAAUCUCAUAUCGUUCAAAUUAUCUAUAUGAAUUCUCGCUGUACUUCUCCAUGUCCAAACGUAGGGUUGCGUGUGCGUAUCAUCUGAUGCUUAUGUAUUACACAUGCAUCUCGUAAUGCCCAUUAUCCUAUGCCCUGCGAGUCAUGUGCAAGUGCAAUUUAACAACAUUUCUGAUCAGGGGCCAGUUGCCAGAAACGUAAUUCGUCUGAACGUUAGUCUUAACAAUCUGAACAAUCUUAACAGUCUUAACUCUUUCUCAUAGACCGUACCUCUAUACACUGCAUAUGAGAAAUUUGUAAUUUUGCCACGUUAUUGUCGACGGUCUAUGAGAAAACGUUCACGUUGAAACUAAUGUUAAGUCUAAAUUUGUUCGUGGCAAUGGGCCCCUGGUCUCCGGAAAGAGCGGACAUAUCCCCACUUUCUUGGGGUGAUGCUGUGAGAUGGGGUAUUGUUAUCAUAUAAGUUGAUAUAAAUGGUCAUAUCAUGAGUUCGAACAUUUAGCAGUUUAUUUUUAAUUUCGCACCCUUAGUGAGUGGUGUUUUAGUAAUUACAGCGUUCGCGUUGGCUAUCUAAGCAACGUGGUCGAGUCUACGCUAUUUAGAUGAGGUUUAUUUAAUGCAAGGAAGCUCCAUUGUCCCCAGAAGCAAACCUGCGAGAAUUCUCUGUUCAUCUCGAACAACGUGUUAGGUGACAGGAAUGGUUACAAAUAGUUUUGGUGGAUCCAAAACCAAUCUUCGUUUAUUCACAGAGUUGUAUGUGAAGUGCAACACGUGUGACAUUGGAAAGGCAGCAUAUAUUAAGAUAUAUAUAAAGUAAAGAAUUUAAGGUAUGUGCUAAAAAAACAACCAUCAUAUCGGGCAGUAAACUGGAAUGCUAAUCUUAGCAAGCCGAGAUAUUCCUGUAGUGCUUCGGUUAUUGAGUUUCAAAAUUUCUGUGUUAGUAUUUUACCCAGCUUUAUGUAGCAUUGUAUGAAACACGUACUGCACCUGUACGUUUAUGAUGUAUAUGGAACAGCAAGUAGCUAUGUGCGUGUUGGCUUGCUGUCUCGUCUGUUUUAUCUAGCUGGCUUAUUUCAAUGGUCUGUCAAAACAUAUUUGUCCGUCAUUGCUUAUAUGCAGUUCUCAGAAAAGGUACAGUGUCGUCCUAAUUGUUGGUGUCACGUGGUAAGCAUGUCUGUCACUGUGUUAAUGUGUGUGAUUCUAUCUAUCCCCUACGGAUUACAUUCUUGAUGCUGCGUGAUACUGUGUGUAAUCACGGACGUAUCUAUACAAUAUGUGGGUGUGUGUAUAUCAGGUGUAAAAGGGUCUCACCCCUUACCAUGUAAGAUCAUUCACGCCUUGUUUGAAUGAAUAUUACUGUGUAUCUAUACAGUGUAUAUAUAGAUUACAGGCGUGGUGCAGGCGAUUGGCAUAACGAAAUAUUUGCAUUUGUUGUCUAUUUACUCUUUGCGUGCACAAUGUUGACGAUGCGUUUUAAUUGUUUAAAAUGAAUGAGUGGUCGGAUGGAGCAGUUGUUCGUUGUCAAUUUCUAUCGUUUCGAUAACAAUCCUGAGAACAAGUAAAUGACCAUAUACCAUAGAUGCAAGGUUAAGGUUGUCAUGAUGGAUGCAUGAUUACGUUGUCAGCUACAGUCAUGUCUGUGUUGGCGAAUACGGCUAUAGAACGGGCACCUGUCUAUAACGGACAACUAGCGUUUUCCUUGAGUGACCGUUGUGUACAGGUUGCAUUGUACAUACAUCUAUAGUGUAAUCCUACACACAUAAGCACGCCCACCGACAGUCAUUUUCUUAGCUGGCGGUCAUUUCCCUUAAACAUUGGAUUUGGAGCUUCCGAUUUCCCAAACCAAUCCAAAUUUAGGGGUGUACGGUUGGAUUAAUCGGAAUUGGCUCGAUAAAACACCCCUGAUUGGUUUGUAAAUGCCGAUGUGGCAGACGCGUAUCUGACAAGUUGGCGUGGGAUCCAACUUUUAAAUACAUACUCGAUGAUUGCCAAUUUGCUUUUACGAAAUUGCAUUUAUGCUUCACGACAAUUCAUAUUGAGUACUUACUACACGAGUGGAUAGGAUGUUUGUUCGGUUUUGUACAUAUAUACACCCUUAGUGAAUGACAUGAAUGAAUAAAACACGUUUUACUCAUGGGAGAAA